CCCGUGCCGUUUUGAUAUUAUAUGAUAUAUCAUUAAGAGCUAAAUAUUGAUUUCAUGUUACACUAUUAUGACAUAAUCCAGGGUCUUAUAAGUGGAUUCAUAUCUUAUAAUACUAUAUUGUAAUUUGUAAAUCGCUUGAUGGAUAACCUCACUUACAACUUACAACUUACAACUUACAACUUACACUUACACUUACACCCUCGUCUGUCUUAAGACUUUACACACUUGAGCAGGUCAAUUAUCAGCCGGACCGAUGAAGUAAUCUCAUAAUCCCACCACAGCCAUGUCUCCUAGACCUCCCCUUCGUCAACUGACGAGGCUAUACACCCUAUCCCAUCAACUCCCGAAACUCCAUCAUGGCCGCCUCCCUCCCCCGGUCCGGUCAAUAUCAACCACACCCGCUCCGCGCGUCAAGGCCCGGGCCCCCCUACACCGGAACACAUUCAUCCAGAUCCGCUUCGCAGAAGCCGACAUCCCCGACCUCUCCUUCUGGACCAAACACACCAUCCCGCCCUUCGUCCCCGACGGCGAAGUCUCUCCGACCCAAUGUCUCGAAGCAUGCAAACGCUACGUGCACCUCGCCAUCGAGAACAAGCCAAACUGGCAGCAACGCAACCUCUCCCCAACCGCCACAUCCCCCACCACCCACGACGGGUCCAUCCCCCUCUUCACCCUGCACUACGCCGCCAUAACGCUCCUCCUCUUCGCCCAAACCCCCGGACACCGCUUUCUAGCACUACACAUCCUAACCACCGCCGCAACAGCCGGCUACGCCCCCUCCACGCUAACCCUGGCACGCCUCGGCCACAAGACCAACAACCUGCAAAACCCACAGUUCGCCCACGCAAAGGAAUCCCUAGCAACCCUCCUCGCAAACCCUAGCCGCAGCCCCGAGUACCGCCCGGACACCCUAACCCUAGCCGCCCUCGUCCAACUCGCCGCCCCCGCCCCCACGCGCGCCACCGCCGACCGCGCAACCCAGCUCCUCGAGGACGCCAGCAAGGCCUACUCCGCGGCCGGCGGAACCACCGCCGCCGCCGCCGCCGCCGCAGUAGUAGUAUACUGGCACUGGCGCGCGCGCGCCGUGCUAGCGCUAAGCCGGCUCCUGAUCGAGCGGAAGCAGACGGCGCGGGCGCGCGCCAUCCUCCGCGCCGCCGCCGCCGAGCUCGACGACCCGGAGAUAUGUUUCCGGUACGCGGAGCUGCUCCCGCGGCCCGACGCCGAGCGCCGCGUUCUGAUCCAGCGGGCGGCCGUCAGCGGGGUCGAGGAGGCGGCGCGCGAGAUGGCCAGGGAGACGCGCGCGAGUCUGGAGGAAGAGGAGCAGACGAAGGGGCUGAGUGCCUGGGAGAGGAGGGCGAGGGGGGUGAUUGCGGAUGAGUGGGCGGGGAUCGCGGGGGAUAAGGCGGUUCUUUGAGGAUAUGCAUAGGCAGUUAUAUAGAAAGGGGCGCGGCUUGUAUUACAACCAUAGCUAUGUCGAGAAUGCCCCCCCAAAUAGAAAAUAAGGGUCAGAGGAGAAAGAUAAACCCAAUCGUAGAAUAAAAUAAACAAAAUCUAGUACUCUAUACCCAAUCAAGAUGAGGUCCAAAGUCACAUCUAGUCGCUAUCCGUCAGGUUCUUGAAUAAAUCAAUUUCGCUCGCCUCCAAAAGCAAGUCUUCGCAUUUGGGAUCGGUACAAUCGUCCGAAGCCCCCAGACAUCUAACUACGGUCAACCCCUUAUAUAUAUCGAAUGCCUCUCGUCACCCGUCUCCACGUAUACCAUAUACACAUGCGAUCUCACCCGUGUAAGGCCCGCUAAUAGUACGCCGCCCAGAGCCUGGUGAAGUAGAAAACACCCUUUCCUACGGAGUCAGAUAAGCAAUCGUUGUGAGCGCCCGUCCUCUUCCGUUUCCCGCUCUGUAUAGAAAAAAAAAAAAAAAAAAAAAACACCGAAGCAAAAAUUUCGAUGCGGUGCUCGCAAAUUCAUCUUCCGAUACCAAACAUUAACCACCCUCCCAAAUUGCGCCACUUACUCCCUUCCCUACCUACUCGGUCAUUUGCGACCCCCCAAAUGGCGCAACCAAUGCUAACGUAUUAAUGCUACCAUGCUUCAACGCCCAGACGAUGCAUAUGUCAAAGUACU